CAUCCUCCUUCCCUCCUUCUCAGCUUGUCAUAUACACACAAAAAAAUCAUCUCACAGACUCAAGUCUCUCCCUCUCUCGCAUCUUCAAGCUCUCUCCGAUCAUCAAUGGCGGCGACUAUGGCGACAUCAACCAAAUGCAUGUCCCUGAACACAUCUCCUCCUAAACCCCUAAACCAAACCAAACCCAUCUCCUCCUCAAAACACUUCAUCACCCUCCCAACUCCACCAAAACCCACAGCCUCCCUCGCCGUCACAAGCACCGCCCUCGCCGGAGCCGUCUUCUCCGCCCUCAGCUACUCCGAGCCCGCUCUCGCCGCUCACCAAAUCUCCCAGCUCGCCGCCGCCGCCGUGUCCGAAGGCAGCGACAACCGCGGCCUAGCUCUUCUCCUCCCGAUCGUCCCGGCCAUCGGGUGGGUCCUCUUCAACAUCCUCCAGCCAGCUCUCAACCAGAUCAACAAGAUGCGCGCGAGCAAAGGAGUCGUCGUGGGUCUCGGCGGCAUCGGUGGUGGUCUCGCUGCGUCGGGGCUCUUGACGCCGCCGCCGGAGGCAGUAGCGGCGGCGGAAGCGGCGGAGAGAGCUGGAGAUAACAGGGGACAGUUGUUGCUGUUCGUGGUUGCACCGGCGCUGCUUUGGGUUCUUUACAAUAUAUUGCAGCCGGCUUUGAACCAGCUCAACAAAAUGAGGUCUCAGUGAAAACUCUUUAUAAUAAAUAAAUAUUAAUCAUCGUUCGUUGGGGUUUAAACGUAUGAUUAAUCCUUUGUUUUAUGUUAAGUUUUGGACAAUUAUCAUUGUUAUAUAUCUCGCUUACUAUAUACUCAAUUUAACCCUUGAAAUGGUU